AACUAUAAUCCAUUUUUUGCAACAUUUUGAUGUCUUGACAGAAAUGGACAAUACCGAAGUCACCGCUGCAAGUGGGCACUCCAUCAAGAGUGGGGUCAUUGUAUGGACUCCUGCAAUGACCAACACGAUGCUGGGGUUUUUGGCUGACCUUGUUGCAAAAGGAAAGAGGACUUCUAGUGGGUUCAGGGAGGCACAUCACAGACAAUGUGCUGCUGUUUUGAAUGAGCAGUUCAAACUAGCUGUCACUGCAGAACAAGUUCGAAACCAUCUCAAGAAGUGGAGGAAGAUUUGGGGAAGGGUUGUCAUCUUGAAGAAUUUAAGUGGAGCUCUAUGGGAUGAAGAUACUUGCACAAUUAGGCUUGCCGAAGAACACUAUGCAGGUCAUUGCAUGGCACACAAAGCUGAUGCCCCUUACUUGAACACCCCAAUUGAACACUAUCAUGCUAUGGCGACCAUCUUUGGGACAACCGCGGCUUCGGGGAUCAAUGCUAGGUCUGGGAAUGAUCUACUUUCUAUUGAAGUGGAAGAUGAGGAGAAUGGUGAGGUGAACACAUCACCAAAUGUUGCUGAGUCCUCUCACCCCAAAGGACCACCAAAAAAGAAGGCCAAGGUAGUGAAAGUUCUUGAAGAUCCACUAGUUACCACUCUCAAUUACGGGUUCAAACUUGUGGCUGAUGCUCUUGUGAAGUCUGGGGAUGAUGAUGAUAUACCCGCUGAACUUUGGGAUGAGGUCUGCAAGUUGGGAGAAUUUGAUGAAGAGCACCUAGCCCACUACUAUGCUCAUCUUGUUGACAAUCCGAAGAUCGCAAAAGCCUUCAUGACACUUUCCCAAACCAACAAAUCUGUUUGGGUGAGUAGGUAUGUGAAGAAGAACUUCUAAAUUCGAUAUGGUUGUAUGGUUGUCAAGUAUGUGAACAACAUGUAUGGCUGUAGUGCACUUUGCUUUGGAUAUUUGGGUGUUUGCUUUUGGAUGUGUAUGAUUGUCAAGUAUGGCUGUAGUUGUUGGCUGGAUGUAUGGCUGG